AUGCCCUGGGACACCCAGGCAGAGAAGGAGCUAAGGAUGGAGACCACGGAGGACAAAGCCCCAUGGCACAACUUCGUAGCAGAGGCCAUUUUGAGUGACUCCACAGCACAGGAAUCCAAUGGGGAAGAAAAGACACAGAGAUGCCACAGGACAAGGGGCUGCAAACCCAGCCCAGGGUACUCUGAAAAGGAAAGACCCACCCUGAGCCAGGAAGGUGGACAGAGCUUCAGCCAGAGCUCAGAGCUGAUGGUCCAUGAGCAACUACAUGAUGGGGAUAAGCCCCACAAGUGCUUGGAGUGCGGGAAGAGGUUCAUGAAGAGCUCCUAUCUCCUCUGCCACCAGCGGAUUCACACUGGGGAGUGGCCCUUCUGCUGCCCCGACUGUGGGAAGGGCUUCAACCGCAACUCCCACCUCGUCACCCACCGGCGCAUCCACACUGGGGAGAGGCCCUAUGAGUGUGCCCAGUGUGGGAAGAGGUUUCAGACCAGCUCCCAUCUCUUCCGCCAUCAGCGGAUUCACACAGAGGAGAGGCCCUUCUGCUGCCCUGAUUGCGGGAAGGGCUUCAAGUGCAACUCCAGCCGUGUCAGGCACCGGCUCAUUCACUCCGGGGAGAGGCCCUACGAGUGCCCCACUUGUGGGAAGAGGUUUCAGACCAGCUCCAAUCUCCUCCGCCAUGAGCGGAUUCACAGAGAUGAGAGGCCCUUCCGCUGCCCUGACUGUGGGAAGAGCUUCAAGCUGAACUCCAUCCUCAUCAGGCACCGGCGCAUCCACACUGGGGAGAGGCCCUAUGAGUACCCCACAUGUGGGAAGAGCUUCACCCAGAGCUCUGACUUGACCAGCCAGGAGUCACCG